AUGAAUGGAUUACUACAUAUGCAUGGUCCUGCUGUCAAGAAAUUAUUAGGUUGGAAAAUUGGAGAAGAUGAGGAGAAAUGGUGUGAAAAGGCAGUUGAAGCGUUGGUGAAAAAGUUGAAAAAGAAGAAUAAUGGAUGUGGAACUCUAGAAGAUCUUGAAUGUGUUCUAGCGAAUCCAACUCCCAAUUCGAGAUGUAUAACAAUACCAAAAAGUUUGGAUGGUCGGUUACAGGUUUCACACAAAAAAGGACUCCCACAUGUUAUCUAUUGUCGAGUUUGGCGGUGGCCGGACAUCAAUACCCAACAUGAAUUACGUUCCAUUGAAACAUGCUCUUACCCAUAUGAAUCGAGUUCCAAAACGAUGUAUAUUUGCAUCAAUCCAUACCAUUAUCAAAGAUUGACUAUCCCAAAAGGUCUCAAUUCCUCAAUGCCAUCACCACAGCCAGCUCCAUCACCUUCGAACACUAUUUGGCAAUCUGGAAGUUCAACAGCAUCGUGUGCCAGCUCUCCAAGCCCUUCUGUAUUUUCUGAAGAUGGGGAAUUGCAAGCGCACCAGAGACCACCACCUUUCCGCCACCCCAAAUCCUGGGCUCAAAUCACAUAUUUUGAGUUGAAUUCAAGAGUUGGAGAAGUUUUCAAACUGGUCAACCAAAGCAUUACCGUCGACGGAUAUACAGAUCCAUCAAAUUCAGACACCAGAAUAUGCCUUGGACAAUUGACAAAUGUAAACCGAAACACCACUGUUGAGAAUACGAGGAUGCAUAUAGGAAAAGGAAUUCAACUAGAUAACAAAGAGGGACAAAUGCAUAUUAUGAUCACCAAUAAUUCGGAUAUGCCAGUUUUCGUUCAAUCCAAAAAUACGAAUCUCAUGAUGAAUAUGCCAUUGGGAAAAGUGAAUCGGAUACCGCCUCACAGUCAAUUAUGUGCAUUUGAAUUCAAUUUGUUUUUUCAGGGAUGGGGAGAGGAUUAUCCGCGUCAAGAUGUGACUUCUACUCCUUGUUGGCUCGAACUUCGGUUGAAUGUUCCAUUGGCUUACAUCGACCAAAAAAUGAAACAAACUCCACGAGUGAAUCUGGUGGAGCCGAACUCAGUGACAUAA